GCCACCUGUCAGUGGCCAUCAGUGCCUUGUGUCAGUGCUCAUCAGUGCCUCGUGCCACUGCCCAUCAGUGCCAUAUCAAUGCCACAUAUCAGUGCCUACAAGUGCACAUCAAUGCCACAUAUCAGUGCCCAUCUGAGCUGCCUUUCAGUGUCAUCCAUCAGUGCCAGUCAGUGCCAUCUGUCAGUGCCAUGCCAGCCAGUGCUGCCUAUCAGUGGCAGUCAGUGCCGCCUAUCAGUGCCAGUCAGUGCUGCCUAACAGUGCCAGCCAGUGCCACCUAUCAGUGGCAGUCAGUGCCGCCUAUCAGUGCCAGUCAGUGCUGCCUAUCAG